CUUUCCUCACCAUCAACUUGCACUUCUUGUCUCCUCACCACCACCUGCGCUUUAGGCGUUUCAUUCGUCUGGGUCGUCCUCAAGAAAACUGCCCCUGUUUCUCAGCGGUGUGGGAGUGGUCGUUAAGGUCGGACGACCACUUCGGGCUUAGCUCACAUCAACAGACCCGUCGGCCAUGUCGAAUCCCUCAUUACGACACGGCUACCAUCCCUCAUCAUCAUCGUGGACGUUUGACACCCCUACAAACGCGGUUUCUGGAUCAUUUGCACCACCAGCCACCUCCCCACGCGUGGAGCUCCCUCUACCGAAUGCGGCCGGUGCAUUCUCAGACAUCGAUGCCUCCACCUGGCCCCGCAAGAUCUUAACUUUGCUACUCAUCCAGUAUGCAAGCACGGCAAUUGCAAUGCCAUUUGAGGGUGCAAAAGUGUUGAGCCAAGUUGAGUGGAUACCGAGAGACGGCGUAGCUGAAUGGGUCGAUGAGGAGGUCGAGGAUGAGAGGGAUGAUGCGUCGGACGCUUCAGAUACUGGCCCAUCUUAUUUCUAUGAUCCUUCACCCAAUCCGAUAGCUCACCCUUUUACCCGUCGAACAUCUUCAAUGACAGUGCGACGACGGUCAUCCACGCGCCCGACGCCGAUGAAUGUCGGUAUCUACCGACGACCUCCAUGGGUUCUACCUCCAUUUGGCGAUCCUGGCGUAUGGGGCAUGAUCAAGCGGACUAUGCGCACUCGGACCGAAGGUGUCUACACGCUGUGGAAUGGACAACUACCGUCUACGACGAUCGACAUCCUGACGUCUACGGUACAACCCUUCCUGCACACGAUUCUCGCGAGCAUACCCUUCCUAGCAGCUGCACCACCGGAUUUACUAUUGGGACCCGCACCUAUUCCGUUGGUUCUGUCCCAUGUCAUGACUGGAGUUCUCCUGAUUCCUCUGGAUCACCUGCGUACACACCUAAUUCUCAACCCUUCAUCCCGAUCAUUGCCACCCGAUCAACGCACCACUCCACCGCCUCGCCUGUACUUCUCCUCCCUGAUGGCUCAGUACAUGCACCCCCACUUGCUGUUGCCAGCCCUCUUGACGUCCUCCAUUCCCCACGUCCUUUCCUUAUGCCUUCCACGUCUACUCCCGCCUUCCCUCACCCCAACGCUUGUUGCAAGUCCUGUUCUGCAACCUAUUCUUAGCUUGGUGUUCACUGCCGCAUCCUUGCUGAUCACCCUGCCUCUCGAGACUGUCAAGCGACGGCUGCAGGCACAAACAGCACUGAAUUUGGUGGACCCCCCUCCCGUCACGACAUCUGAAGAUGAUCAUACCCCCCAAUUACCGCAACAUCGCGUCCUCACGCGUCCCAUGCCCUACCACGGCAUCAUCGACACACUCUACCGGAUCAUGUCCGAGGAGUCAUCGGUGCCGCCACCGUUACCGGAACAUCGCGAGAAGGCAGCAACGAGCUUCUGGACGAGCACAGUAAUUCGUCAGCUGUAUCGUGGCUACGGCAUGGCUCUGACAGCAGGUGUGAUUGUGUUCUGUCUCGGUUUGUUGGGGGGUGAUCUGGAUGAACCUGGAUGGGCCGAACUGUGACACGAUCCGAGAUAUACAUAUAUCGCUAAACACGGUUUUACUUUGUCUUUUACUAUGUAAUGUAAUUGCUCUCUCUCUCUG